AUGAAUACUGAUCUAAACUUAUUUCCGGAGUUUCAGAGCAUAUUAAAGGAACUCUUAUUGGAAUUUAAAGUUCCAAUCGAAGAGUUAGAUUUUAACGAAGUUACUCGUCUUCUUUACAACCAAGAGAAAGAAGCAUUAAAACAGAUUGAAGAUCUGCUGAUAAAGAAGAAUUAUAUUGCUUUUUCCAAGAAAUUUCUUGAACAUCCUCGAAUCAAUGAGAUUUGGAAACUUGGGACGAUCAAAGAAGAAAACAAUCUUUUCAAUCAGUUUAAGUUAGAAAUGGUGAAAAUGCUUCAAUCAGAAAAUUGUCAGUUGGAGCAAUCCGUUCUUGAACCAUUUCUACAAAAACUUUAUGAAAAUAAGGAUCAAAAUAUCGCUGAUCUUUUUGAAGAUCUUUUAACUCCCAAAAAAAUUAAACAACUAAUCGUAAAACUUCAAUCAAAUGAAAAAUUGAAGUCAAUUUGGUCAUCAAAUAUGUUAAUUUUUAGUAACAUUAAAAGUAUACUUGCUGGAUUUCUUGCUAGUAACGUUGAUGAUAUAUAUAAAAUAAUCUCUGAAUUAUAUGUCGAUUCAGAAAAUGGCAUGAAACUAAUCGAAAGCAAAUGUACUAACGAACUAUUCAGUAAAAUCAAGUCGAAUUUGUACAACGAUCCAGAAAUUAGAUGUAAAGUGUUUCAUGAAAAGAGUAUUAACACAUCAAAUACUAUCGAUACUAACAAAGAACUAUCAUGUUCCUCAUCGAAUGAAAAUGUUCAAAAUGAAAAAAUUCAAGUUAUUAAACAACUUCAGAAAAUCAUGUUCGGAAACAAUGAUAUAUAUUCAGAUCAAUUAUUUACAGAAAUAUCACCAUUAGAUUAUAAUCAGCUAGAAACACUUGUUGAAAGCGAAAUGAAAAAUACUAACAAUGGCUCACUUUUAGAUACUAUGUUACCUUAUAUAUUAAACAAACUGAAAAAAGAAAUUGAUUUACGAGAAAUUUGUGAAUUAGGAAUAUUCUGGGAUGAAACAUCACCAUUAUAUGGACUUGAUUACAAAACGAUAUUUGUAUGUCUAAUUGAGCGUUAUAAGUCUCAUCAAAUCAAUUUUUUAUCACUGGUCAAGAAACUUGGUAUUGCUUUACCAUUUGCAUACCAAUGGGUAGUUGACGAAAAGUUAAUAUGGAAAAUUCCUCUUCGAGCUUAUUCACAUUGUUUGGCCAUCGAUUGUCCGUUUGUCAUUUCUCUCGGAUCUGAUUCAAUUGGUAAAAGUAGAUUAUUAAAUAAAAUCUAUUGUGCAGAAUUUGUUACAAAUACAGCUGGUGUUAUAAAUGGUGGAAUUGAUGUAUUAUUCUCGACAUCAGAAUUUGCUUGUGGGUUCACCAUAUUCGAUAUUCAUGGCGAUGUUUGCAAACAAGAACAGCUUAUGAAAGUAUUUUUAAAAAUGAUACCAUUGGAAAACUGUUGGCUACUUCUUCAAAGUACAUCUUUAAGUGAAAUCGAAGUAAUGAUGAAAAAGUUAAUAUCAUUUGGUGUCAAUGAUAAUCAAAUUAUUUGUAUUAUUAGAGAUAAUACAGAUGCAGCAAAACAACAGAUAGAAAAGUUGAUGAAUAAAGAAAAAUAUCAAAUUUUAACUAUUCGUAAAAUUGAAGAAAAUAAUCCUGCAUUCAAUGCAAAUUUAGUAGCUUUAAGAGAAAAAUUAUUUAAACUAACUGGCAUUGGUCGUACUGCUAAAAAACCGAAUGGAAAUGAAUUACGAAAAGAAAAUUAUAAUGUUUAUUUAAAGAUAGAAGAACAAAUCCAUCAAGAUCGAUAUGAAAAUAUAUAUAUAGACAUUCAAGAGAAUUCGAUAAGAGAAUUUUCUCGUAAAAUCGAUGAACAUUUAACGAAUAUUGGCACAGGAGUCGAGAAUCUGCAAGAUUCCUUAUUUAAACAUAUUGCGUGGAACAAGACUAUAAAAGCUGAAGCAAACAAAAAAGUUCAACUUAUUGGUAAAGAUACAGAAGAGAAACAAACAGGGUUGACUAAAAUUGAUCAAGACAUACUACUGUUAUCUCAAAAGAAAUCAAAAACAAUACCCAGUGAAAUAGUUUGUCUAUACAACAAUCUACUUUUAGAAGAAAAGUUUCAUUUAAUCAGUGAAUUAGAUAAACGAGUUAGUGUUUGGCAAAGUCCUAUUUUAUCUCCAUUAUUUCUUGAAAGAAACAAUGUUAUUAUUGAAUUAGAAUCAUGUCGAACAUUAAUCGCUGAUCUUCAAUCAAAAAAUAAUACUUCUACAGAAUUACAAAAGCAUCAUACUCGAAAAGAUAAAUUAGAAAAACGAAAAGCAGAAAUUUCGCUAUUAAUUGAUUAUAAAACAAUUAAUAGAGAUAUUUUUAUGAGAGAAUUACUUUCUAUUUAUGGUGAUAAUGAUUUUCUCGAAUAUAUAAAAUCUCAAAACGAAUCAAGAGAAAUUAAUUUCAACAAAGAUCUUUAUAUAACGUCCUUUAUCGAUUAUAUGAUUCGUGGAAAUGAACUUGAAAUUAUUGAUGGUGAUAAUAAUAGUUUCAAUUCUAAGAUUGUUUCACAAAUUUUUCACGGACUUGAAACAAGAUAUAGUGAAAUGAAUGACAGACCACCAUUUGUUGUCUCGGUUAUUGGACCACAGAGUACAGGAAAGUCGACUCUUUUAAAUAUGUUGUUUGGAAGUAAUUUUCAAACGAGUGCUGGACGAUGUACAAAAGGUUUAUAUGCAUCCAUUUUUGGAACAAAAUAUCCAAAAGCAAAAACAUUGCUUGUGCUGGACACAGAAGGAUUAUUAUCUAUAGAAAAAGCAAAUGAUGAAUAUGAUAAAAAAUUAACUUUAUUCUCAAUGGCUUGUUCACAGAUAAUGCUCAUCAAUUUAAAUGGAGAAAUUAAUGCAUCUAUGAAAAAAAUUCUCAGUAUUAGUCUUUUUGUUGCUAAUCAAUUGAAAGUAUUCAAGACUCGGCCAAUUAUUAUAUUUAUUCUACGAAAUAUGAUGGAUUUAAACGUUGAUAAGCAAAGAGAAAUGAUCGAUUCUAUUAAAAAAGAAUUAAUAGAAGUUACUGAACUGAGUAAACUUGAAUUAAAUCAAGUACUUGAUUUCAAAGAAGAAAAGGCCUUUUUCUUAAUGUUAUCAGCUUUUAACAAAGAUUAUAUUUAUAAUAAGACGGAAGAACUUUUUCAAAGAUCAACUACAAAUAUUAAAUUUGCUAAACUUAGUCAAGAGCUAAGAGAGAAAAUCUUUGAUGAAGCAAAUGUACCCGAACCAAAAUUUAAAAGUCUUUCAGAUUGGGUUAAACAGGCGUCUGACAUUUGGGAAACAAUUGAUUUAUACAAUGAUAUGAUUAUGAUUGAAUCUGUCAAAGAAAUUAAUGAAAGAAAAGAACUAGGCGAUCUUAUUACAAUGAUCAUGGAAAAAUAUAUCGAGCCUAAUGAUGCGAAAACAAGUUUUCGUUCAAAACUUGAAGCAAUACUAUCAGAUCAAGAAAAAGUGACAGAUGAUCCGCUCUUAGCAGAAUCAAAUGUUGAACAACAAUUUGAAGACGAAUCGGAAUAUUUUAGAGACCAAGUAAAACACAAUUUUGAAGAGCAAGUCAAAUCGAAAUCCUACGCAGUCAAAUUAAUGAAUGAAUACAAGGAUCGAUUAUUAUAUGCUAUUACAACAAGCAAAGCGCAGGCACUUCAAAAAUACAAAGCAAUCGCCGAAAAACGUAAGGUUAAAAAUAAAGUUCAAGCUGCUUUGAUCGAUCUGCAAAACCGUAGUGAAUUACAAAUUCUUGAAUGGCAAAAAGUUCAGCAAGAUACAUCUGAGAACGAAAAUUUAAAGAAGAAAGCUGCCAUUAUUAACGAUUUUAAAGACUAUAUAGACAAGACUAAAGUUCAAACGCUGACAGAAAUGAAUAAGAAUAAGAAAACCAUUUCUCAAUGGAGAGAUUUUGUCAUGCAACAAAUUAAAUCUGCAGUAGGUGCCAUAGCAGUUGAAAAGAUGUUUUUUAGCGUAACUCAACUCGAUCAAAGAUCGUCACAAAGUACUUCAUUAAAUAAUAUUAUUAAACUUAUCAAUAUGUCGGAUACGCCUGAACAAAAUAUGGCUAUUUUGAGAAAAAUACCAAUACUUAUUCAGAACAAACAAAAGUCUUCUCAUCAGGAGAACGCUAAUAAUUCAGCAGAAAAUCCAAUAUAUACCGAAAAACAAUCAAAUUUCUUAAAAACUAAAUGGAAUCAAGCGACUUCGUGGAUUUCAACUUUCUUUCAGUCAGAAACUCAUAACUCAAAAAGAAGAAGAAAUCGUUCUUCGUCAUUUUCAUACAUACCAUCAAAUACAACACAAAACAAUGAUUCUCCGUCAUGCCAGUAUAAUGUAGCUGUUACAAAACUAAGCGAAGUCGGAUUCAGUCCAGAUGCAGCUGUUACCGUUUACACUACGUUUCUUGAAAUGAAUGAAUACCUCCAAGACAGUAUUAAACAAGAAAUAAUUAAUAGUGCUGAAUAUCAAAUCACGAGUUUAAAACAAAAUAUUUUGCAAAUUGAAGCAAAAAAGAAUGAACUCAAGCAAAAGUUUUUAGAAGAGGAACAUCUGGAAUUUACACACAUGUUCGGAAAUGAACUAAUUGAAUGGUUAUAUGAAAUUAUCGUUGAUAAAAUGUAUAAAGACGAAGAAGAUACAUACAGAAAAAUAAAUGAAGACUUUGAAAAAGAUGUUGAUGUACUAUUAGAAGAACUUAAAAAGAGACUCGAUGCUGCUUUUGGAGAUGCAGAGAAUGCAAAAGACAUGGCUACGAAAGUAUUCAACAAUAUCAAAAAUAUUUGUGUAUCAAGAAUAGAAAUCGAUUAUAAGCGUGAUCUCGAACAAGCAACAUAUCUCAAUGCAGAUAAACUAGUCGAACUAUCGGAUGAAGUUUUUUACGAAAAAAACGGAACAUUUAAUAAAGAUGGUAUCUAUGAUUAUAUUACAAAUAUGAUUGAUUAUAUGAAAAAAAAAUACUUAGAAUAUUUUCAAAACAAAGCUGUUGAAUCAGAAAACGCAUGCAUUAAUAACUAUAAUACAAUGUCUCAACAACAGUAUAAAAAUUUGAUAAGUAAACUAGAAGAAUUAGAAAAGAUUUUUAUGAAUUACUAUUACGAUCCAGCCCAUAUAGAUACUCACAAAACACAUUUUACAAAGUUCUUCAAAGCUUAUCUUGAACAAAACAUCGAUAACAAAUUAAUUGAUGAUUAUUUGAAAAAACUAAAUUUGACUUACCAUCAUUGUAACAAAGAUUUAUUGGAACCUAGUAAAUUAUUUCAGACUAUAUCCAUUUCAAUCUAUUCUAUAAGCAAUCCAAAAGUAUUCUUAACGUCUUUUAAAAAUAGCAUAACUUCUCUAUAUAACGAUCGCAAGAGAAAUCGUGGCAGUUUCAAAUUAUCUGAAGAGACUUUAAAAGAAAAAGAUAGAAUCAAAAUUGCAAACCAACAAAAAGCUUUAGGAUGUAUUGAACAAUGUCCGUAUUGUGGUUGCAAAUGCACAGAAAUAACUGAGCGUCACGACGCACAUCAUUCCGAUAAACAUCGAUUAAUGGCAUUCAAUGGAUCAUUUGAAAAACUCAACAAUGGCAAAAAAGGUUUUGUUUUUGAUUUAUGUAACAGUGAAAAUACAAUACGAAACAGUCAAUGGAAAGAAAAUUCAGCAAGUCAACUUUUGAUUCGUGACAGUGCAGUUAUUAGAGAGAGAAUGAAUGAAUAUUCAGUUGGACAAGGAGAUGUAACAAUAACAUUAGUCUGGUUUGAUAGCAAUGAUUUAGAUUUACAUGUUAUUUGUCCUUGUGGAACUACGCUCUAUUUUGGAAACAAGGAGUGUCCUACUUGUGCAGGAUAUCUAGACUUGGAUAUGAAUGUCUGCUACCAUCAAGGUUCAUGUUAUGACAGAAAAUGCUCAUCUACUAAACCAGCAGAAAAUGUCUUUUUUAAACCAGCCAAAAAUGGAAUAUAUCAAGUAUUUGUAAAUUACUUUGAUGGACCAAAAGGUACAGCGGGUGAAACUUCUGCAUAUGAAGUCAGAAUUCAAACGCAUGGUAAUAAUAAUAUACAAACGUUUGCCGGAACUGUUGAACAUGACACUGAAAAGAGUUAUGUUAAAGUUGGAGAUUAUGAACAUAGUUCUACCUAUCUUAAAUUUCUAGAACAUAUUAAAAGAAAUUUCAAUUCUUGGAGUAAUAUUCGGCCAAUUAAUGAUAAUAAAUGGGAAAUUGUCUUGAAAAAAGCUUGGUCGCAAGUCGCUCCAAAAAUGAGUCAGUUUUACGGAUAUGAGAACAAUACUCCAGCACAGUUCGCGACCCUUAAAUACGUGUAA